CAUCUGCGAGACUAACAAAGACCACCAGCACCGAGAAACUGUCCUUCACCCCUGGCCAAGUGUAAGUUGUGUGCUUCCGAUUUUAUCAUUUUAGAAAUUCCGUUUUUUUCGCUUUUUAGCAAGAAACGUCUUGUUGACCUUGACUAUCAGCUCGAAGAUGCGGCAGGCUUGGGAUCAGUUCCGAAACCCCAGCACCAGACGGCUUCCUCCUCUCACGAACUGGACUCUUCGCGGUCUGCAGACAGAAGUCGAGCCUGAGGCUAUCAACACCACUCUCAUUGAUUUCGAAGAAUAUGUCGGUCCUGAAACUGUCGGAGCAUCGGCAAACAGCACUGGAUAGCCAUUCGAUGCUUUGUUUGCGACGAUGAUGCUCCGUUGACACUCCGCCGCCUUUGCGUUACUGGGUGUGGGAGUUAUGGCUUUGAAUCACAGUUGGAAAUUGAAUAAUAAUAAUAAUGACAGUCAAAAGGUUUGGCUUCCAUUUCCUACCUGCUUCAGAUCGGGGCUUGAUCACGAGAUAUCAGUGGUUAACAAAGCACUGGAAUUGUUCCACAUCUUCUGACC